AUGGAGUAUGUUUUAGUCAUUGAAUACGAGUCACGGGGCGAGGUAACAUGUCAAAUUAAGGGCCUUCCUCUUACUCAUUUGAUCCGACUCGAAGGAUAUUUUAAUAACCUGAAUAUUAUGUGCAAAAGAAUACAAGACGAAAUAUUUGAGGUAGACGUGGAAGGUGUCAAAUUAUUAAACGUUCUUGGUAGUUCUACUUACAGCGCAUCAACUACUACGGAAGAUAUCGAAUGGAGUGAACACAUCGAUACUGAUAUUGAAUGGAUAGAGUUUACAGAUUUUGAAGAAGAUGAAAGUGAGAUUCAAGGCGAUGUCAAAAAGAGAGUUGACAUGAUUGAAGAAAAAAUAUUUAAGGAAAUAGCAAGAAUGGACAGAGAGUCAAAAGAACUGAGUGAUGAUCAAUCGUUAAAGGAUAUUCGAAAGAAAAUCGAAAUGAUCAAUAUGUUUAAUAAAAAGGAAGACAUAUUAAAUGAAACUGAGACAAAGGAGAAACAGAAAGACAUGAAAAAUAAGACUGACACUAGGGAGAAAAGAAAACAAGGCAUACAAAAUAAGACUAAAACAAAGGAGAAAAAUCAGGAAGAAUAUUCUCUAAAGGAAGAAGAUAAUUUGGACGAAGAACAGAUGAAUAUUCAUCAGGAACGGGCCGAGAAAAAAGAAAUCCGAUGGAAUGAAGGAGACAAAAUUUUGAGCAGAUAUUAUUCACGUAAAUGGAAAUAUUAUGUUAGUAUUAUCAAAAAUAUCAAUAGAUAUGAAAAUAUAUAUUCAGUUACAUACCAUAAACAAAUACGCAGCAAGGAUCAUAUUAAGUUUGUUAUUCCUAAGAGGUCGGAUGAAGAUAAAUAUCUGCCUGAAAAUGCUACAGUAAAAUCUAUAGAACUACUGCCAAUAUCAGAAUACCCUGACGAGUAUGUUCUUAUGAAUGACGAAGACAACAUUUAUUUUGAUUAA